AUGGACCUGCUGCAAGCUGGCAGUUUGUCCCACUGUGAGGUUCGUUACAUCCCCGAGCACCACUGGUGGCCGUGUGGAUUUCCUCUGGUGCUGGUCCAGUCACCCUCUUCCUCUCCGACCCAGGACAAUGUCCUGUCAUCACAGCUCGACGACUCUCUGCUGAAAACAGAGCCUUGUACCACAGAUGAUCCAUACUAUUCUGACCAUGCUUCUCUAAUUAUACAACCUUGUUCUAAGUUGGAAGUCAGGAACUUCACAAAAGUAUUUCUGCCAGUUGCCUAUUCGUUGAUUUGUAUCAUCGGCCUAGUUGGUAACAUCUUUGUAGUGAUGACCUUUGCUUUAUAUGAAAGAACCAAGUCCAUGACAGACGUGUACCUCUUCAACAUGGCCAUAGCAGACAUACUGUUUGUUCUCACUCUCCCACUGUGGGCAGUAAAUUAUGCUGCUGACAAAUGGAUUUUUGGUGAUUUCAUUUGCAAAAUGACCAGAGGUAUCUAUGCAAUCAACUUCAGCUGUGGCAUGCUGCUUUUGGCCUUUAUCAGCGUCGACCGGUACAUUGCUAUCGUACAGGCAACAAAGUCAUUUAAACUCAGGGCAAGAACGCUUGCUUACAGUAAACUCAUUUGUUUGGUUGUGUGGGUAUCAUCAAUUUUAAUCUCCAGUUCCUCUUUCCUAUACAGUGAAAGUUACAGCUUCUCCACCAAUGAAACCAAAGAGAUUUGUGAUCACAGAUUUGACAGUAUGUCUGAAAGCACGAUGCUGAAAUCACUGCUGCUGUGUCUACAAGUUGGAUUUGGAUUUUUUAUACCUUUCAUAUUCAUGAUUUUUUGUUAUACGUUCAUUGUCAAAUCCUUGCAGCAAGCUCAGAAUUCCAAAAGAAACAAAGCAAUCCGUGUGAUCGUAUUAAUUGUAGCUGUUUUCCUAGUUUGCCAGGUACCUUAUAACAUUGUUCUUCUUGUGAUAGCCGUAAAUAUGGGCAAGAUAGACAAAUCUUGUGACAAUGACAAGAUAGUGACCUAUGCAAAAUAUACCACUGAAGCCAUAGCGUUUUUACACUGUUGCGUGAACCCUGUGCUCUAUGCAUUUAUUGGAGUGAAGUUCCGAAGUUAUUUUGUGAAGAUAAUGAAGGACCUAUGGUGCAUGAGAUACAAGAAAUAUAAUAAACGUAGUUCAAGGACAAACUCUGAUAUUUAUCAUUCAAGACAGACUAGUGAAAUUCUAACUGACAAUGGAUCUUCUUUUACUAUUUAA